AUGCAGAGUACAAAAAACACUGUAAACAACAAGCAAGACCGCAACCAAAGAAAACCAAAGCCAGAUUAUAUCGAAAUCGGCGCGGUCCGGUACCAGAUUGCGGCGGGAGACGAGCUGGGCGCCUUUGCAGUGGACGCCGCCACGGGUCGGGUCACCGUGGCCGGCAAGCUGGACUUCGAGGCUCGGCCAGAGUACGAGCUGCAGCUGCGCGCCACAGACGCGACGCGCGGGUUGCCCGACGGGCAGGGGCAGGCGCGGCUGGUGGUGCGCGUGGCGGACGCCAAUGACCUGCCGCCAGCGUUCCGGCGCACCGUCUACCACGCCGAGCUGCAGGAGGAGGAGGACCCCAGCAGGCUGCCCAUCAGGAUCCUCACGGUGGAGGCUGUGGACGGGGAUUCCGGACGCCCCCAGGACGUGGUGUACUCCCUGUCCGGACCCGGCGUUUCCCCAGACGGCACCGGACACUUUAGCAUCGACGCCCGCACUGGAGACGUCUUCCUGCUCAAGCCGGUGGACCGCGACCCGCCGCUGGGGCGGCCCGUCUGGAGGCUGGCGGCGUUCGCGCAGGACGAGGGCGGCGCCGGGCUGGUGGGCCACGCCGAGCUGCGGGUCGCCCUGCGCGACGUCAACGACAACGCGCCCGCCUUCCUCCGCAGGCUGUACCGCGGCCGCGUCGUCGAGAACGCGCCGGCAGGCACCAUCGUGCUGAACGUAACAGCAGUGGACAACGACGACCCAUACGAGGGCCUAAACGCGAAGAUAACGUACUCGAUCGAGAAGAACGUCGUGGACGAAACUUCCGGCUCGGCCAUCUUCAUGAUAGACAGCGACAGCGGCGAGAUCCGGACGGCGAUCUGCUGCCUGGACCGCGAGCGCACGCCUCGCUACUCCAUACAGGUGGUCGCCACAGACGGCGGCGGCCUCCAAGGAACCACCACUGUGUCCAUUGCCGUGAAGGAUGUCAAUGACACACCGCCCGAGUUUACAAAGGACGAGUGGGUUGUCGAGGUGGACGAGACGGACGCAGAGAGCCUGCCGCAGAAGCCCAUCCUGACCGUCACUGCGCGAGACAAGGACGAGGACGGCGCCUUCCAGUACGCGGUGGUCGACGACAGUGGCUACGGAGCGGAUAGGUUCGCACUUGUGACGAACAGUGACGGAACCGGGUCUCUAAAAAUCAUCAAACCUCUAGAUUAUGAAGAUGUCUACAGGAACGUCCUCAGAUUCAAAAUCCAGGUCACUGACAAGAGAGACAACAACGCCACCGAGCCCUACCAUACGGCGUACUCGUGGGUGACGGUGAAGGUGAGGGACGUGAAUGACAACGUGCCGGUGUUUGCGAGGCACAUGACGGAGGUCGCCGUAAUGGAGGACGCCCAAGUGGGGACCAAAGUCGCCACCUUCAAAGCGACAGACCGCGACGGGGGCGGCAGCAGCAAGAUAUCCUACAGGAUAGGCAACGACACGGACGCUGCCAGACACUUCAACAUCAAUGACAAUGGCGAACUGCUCAUUCAGAGACAUCUGGACAGGGAGGAAAUUCCGCGUCACAAGGUGCACAUAUUGGCAGUUGAUGAUGGAUCGCCUCCAAAGACCUCUACGGCCACAAUAACAGUCUUUGUCCAAGAUGUCAACGACAAUGCUCCACAGCUGCUCCGCAAUUAUCAGCCGGUUAUUCCAGAAAACACACCACCCUCAGAGAUUAUAGAAGUAUUUGCAACUGAUGCAGAUGAUUAUUCCAGGCAUAAUGGACCUCCGUUCUUGUUCAGAAUGGAUCCAACUGCUGAUGACAACACAAAAUCCUCAUUUAGAAUAGAUUUUAAGAAAAGACCUUCUUCAGAGAACGCCUCACCUGCACACUUCACGCAUGCCAUGGGGAAGGAGCAACGCCAUGCUGCAUGCCCCACCCUUUGGCUGUGGAAGCAAUUCGGCGAGACCUUCUUGUGCUUCAAUGGCUCGACAGUGACGGCUGUGUUUGCCACCUGCAUGGCCUAG